UCAAUUUUCACUCCUCCCCCUCGUACUUUAAAGCAGAUGCCAUAGCCAAAACCCAACUCUCUAAUGGAAGGUCGGAGAUUGGCCCUUCUCUAUUCCCAUCUUUGCCCCUCCCCUUCGCCCUCUCUUCUACCCCUCUCAAUCGUUUCUCCUUCCGCCUGCGCUCCCUACAGGAAAGAAUCCCUUCGAGACGACUGCGUUUUCUGCCUAAUUAUUCGCGGCGAAUCCCCGGCUUUCAAGCUGUAUGAAGAUGAUAUGUGCCUGUGUAUAUUGGAUACCAGGCCUUUGAGUCGUGGGCACUCUCUUAUUAUCCCAAAGUCUCAUUUUUCCUCUUUGGACGCAACUCCACCAUCUGUGGUAGCAGCGAUGUGUUCAAAAGUGCCUUUCCUCGGCAAUGCAAUCAUGAAAGCUACUGGUUCUGAUUCAUUCAACUUGUUGGUUAACAAUGGUGCAGCUGCGGGUCAAGUUAUAUUUCAUACACAUAUUCACAUAAUUCCCCGUAAAGCAGGUGAUUGCUUGUGGACCUCUGAGAGUUUGCAUCGGUGUCCUCUGAAGAUAGACCUGGAAACUUCAGGUCUUGCGAAUCAUGUUCGAGAAUUGUUGCUAAACGUUUCCGGAGAGAGCAAAGAUCAAGUGUCAACUGUGUCUUGAAUCUUCGUGGUAUCAUAAUAUAAAAACAUAUACCUUGUGGCUUGAUCUUAUGUACCAUAGAAUAGAAGUAGAUAGUUCAUUCUUUCAAGAAUCUCGUCGGUCCACCACCAUGUUGUGAUUUUGUUUGUUCAGUCUAAGUUGGAAGCUUGUUGUUUCAGUAUCUAAAACCUAUUAAAAUGUUAGAUUUUUUUCUUUUA